AUGGCCAUGAUUUGAACAGUUAUAUAACGCCCUCCCUGUUAAAAGGAAAAUAUAUUGUUAAGUGUGCUAUUAUAGAAAACUGGCAGGGUUUUAGUAUUGGUAAAAAGGUGGAAGAGCCAGAGAGGUCUGCCUGUUCAUUUAUUUGUAUCCCAGAAUGACAGUAAUGAAACAGAAAAAUUAUACUAGUGAUUUUUUUAAAAUAAAAAAGAAAGUUCAUAGAAGGGUCAUAGUUGCAUAUGCUGGUCAAGUCAGGUACCAGAAGAAGAUCAUCCAAUAGUCACUUCAACUAAAGAACCUGGAGUCAAUAGCACCACUUCCCCAGGAAAAAAGUAAAGUGAUUGGUGAAGGCAAGCAAUGGUAUCAGAAUCAGAGACAUGUCUCUUUUACAGGAAACAAACCCAACUACCCCUUCUGUAUCAUAAACUGUAUAUAUACAUCCCAAUCCUUUCAUAUGAAUGUAUACAUCAACCCCCUUUCUGUCUUUUAAUUUAUUUCACUGUGAUAUACAUCCAUUGUAUUUUGCAUCAUCAACUUGAGUGCUCAGUUCAGAAUUUCAGAUAAGAGAGAUGGCUUCAUCAUCAAAAAAUAUUGUAGUCACUGUGGCUUUCAUCUUUUUUCUCACAUUCCUUCCUCCCAAAUCAGAUGGGGUCAUGCUUUUAAGCAUGAGGAGUGAGAGUUUGCAGCAAAAGAAGAUGAUUUUUGGAUCAAAGCCACCAGGUUGUGUAAGCAAGUGCUUGAAUUGCAGGCCUUGCGUGCCUACAAUAUUGGUCAUUCAUUCUCACAAGAAGAACAAGGAGAUGAUGAUGAUGAGUAGUAGAAGAGAGUACUACUCAUCAUCCCAUGAAGGAGGAGAUGAUGAUGAUACAUACUAUCUUCUUUCAUGGAAAUGCAAAUGUGGGGAUAAGCUAUUUCAACCUUAAUUAGUCUCUCAAUCAUUCUCUAUAAUCAUAUAUAUAUACAUAUAUAUAUAUAUAUGUAUGUAUGUAUGUAUAUAUAUAUGGUAUAUAUGGUGUCAAACCUUAAUAUACUGAUCUGUGUGUAGUUCCUUUUUCAAUCUUCUACGACUGUUCUUUUCACCUCAUCUCUUCAGUAUUUAUAUAUAUGUAUGCAAGGAAAGGCUGACAAUUCAUCACCAACCACAACUGUGAGGUUUUUGGAAGAUGUUGUCCUCAGUGAGUCAGUGACUCUUAUUUACCUUUGGGUGAGCAUUGGAUAAAUCCAUCGAGCAUGCGUAUUAGUCCACAAACUACACUUGUCAAUCAAUGAAAGAUACAUGUGUAAACUCAUAUUUUUGAAGAGAACAUGACUAAUAUGCACCUUAUUAUCAGGCCAACACUAUGUCCUUACUCGAAGUGUCAGCCAAUGAAAAAUACAUGUGUAAACUCAUACUUCCGAAGAGAAUCAUGCCAACACCAUGUCUAUAUAUAUCUCAAUUAGAAACAAAAAGCUAUAUCUCAAGUACAUACUCUCGUCCAUGAACCAUGAUUCCCCUGUAAUAACUGGGAUUAGAGAAUACAUGAUCUCAAUUUAAGUACACUGUUGUUGGUAUCUGAUUUUGGCCCACGAAACAACCCAUGGUUAGGCCCACGAAACAGCCCAUGUAGGCCCAACUCAAUUAGUAUAUAGCCCUUCAAAAAUGAAAUGAAACUCCAAAACGCUCGGAAGCCCAAAUUUCUUCGUAUGGCAAUGCUCUCUCCACCAGUCGCGCACUUUGCGACCCUCAAAUACUCCUCCUCCUCCUCGGGACCUUCGCCUCUGCCUUGUCUCCAAAACCAUCGUCCACCGCCUUAUCUCAGGAGCAAUCGUUAUGCAUGCCUUGUACUCUGUUCCGCCGCUUCUCUGCCUCCGCCAGGACCCAAUCGGCCGCCUCAAAAAGACCCUUCCCGACUAACAGGUUUUACUUCUUCUUUCUCAAGAUUCCAGGAUCAUGUCCGGAUCUUCUUCGCUGUUCUUUUUUGGUUGUCUUUGUUCUUUUGGUCUUCCGCAUGGGAUGGAAGGAACAACAGUAGACGAGAUAAGGGAUCUCGUCCCAGAAGAUGACCUAGAAAGUUUGUAAUAUAUAUAUAUCGGAUGUAGAGCAGUAGAGGUUGUUAUACUAGAAUGUAGCAAGAAUUCAGCAUUGUAUAUUUAGUCAUAAAUGCUAGCUGUUUUUAUUUUCUUUUUUCUUAGUUCAGCUGAGUUGGUGAAUCAUUUCAUACGAAUGAAUAUAUGACAAAAAUGAUUUGUU